AUGUGGUUACCACAAGCGUUGCCUAGCCAUGGCUGCCUGGAGCAGCUGCUGCUGAAAUGCUCCUCCCUGACCUCCCUCACACUCCCUACGCCGUUCUCUCCUCCUGACAAUCUCUCAUUUCCCAAUCCACUCACCAGCCCUAAUUCCCGCACACCCCCUAAUUCCCUCACACCCCCUAAUUCCCUCAACCCCCCUAGUUCCCUCACUCCUCCUACUAGCACCCGCUCUCCCUCACCUGCCACUGGAACCAGUGCGACCAAGCGAACCGACCUCCACCGCUUGGCACUCCCCCUCUCUCUCCGCCAUCUGCACCUACAGUGCCCUUCAUUAAAGUCACUCCCGGACUCCAUCACCCUCCUCUCCUCCCUCACUCACCUCAGCCUCAUCUCCUGCUCCUCCCUCCGUCUCCUCCCCCCCUCCAUCAGCAUCCUCUCCUCCCUCACCUCCCUCACUUUUGACAACAUUUCCCUCCUUUCCUCCCUCCCUCAAUCUCUCGACUCCAUCGGGAAUCUCCACUCGUUACAAGAACUCUCAGUUAGUAACUUUGGAGAGCUACAGGAACUACCGUCGUCCCUCUCCGGCCUCUCCUCCCUCCGCCGCCUCACGGUCAUCAAUUGCGACGAUUUGAUCGCGCUGCCUGAAGGUUUCGGUCAGCUUGAAAGUCUGGAAGAGCUGACCGUGCAGCAAUGCCAUUGGCUGGAGUAUCUACCCGCUUCCUCCUCCUCCCUCUCGUCCCUCACCCAACUGACCAUCAACGAUUGUAACUGCCUGACUCGCCUUCCUUCCACCCUUGGCCUCCUCUCCUUACUCAAAUCUCUCAAACUAUCCGACCUCCUCCUCCUCUCCUCUCUCCCCUCCUCACUCUCUCACAUGAAUCACCUCACCCUCCUCUAUCUGCACCGCUGCGACUCUCUCUCUAGCUUUCCCCCCUCUCUCUUCCACCAGCCGUCCCUGGAGCAGCUAACAAUAACCAACAUGAAGCACCCUGUUCUCUCCUCCCUCCCCCCUGACUUCGGCCACCAUUUACCCCGUUUGAAGGAGCUUCGUUUAGCAGAGUACGAUAUUAACAUGCAAAACCGACCGAGGCUCAAGGCGCUACCUCCCUCGCUCCCCCAGCUUGCCUCCCUUGAGCUUCUCUCACUCGCCUCCUUCUCCCACCUCUCUGCCCUUCCAGAAGACAUUUCCCGCCUCUCUUCCCUCCACACACUAGAAAUUAAGGGUUGCUCUUCACUCACGGACCUCCCACCCUCACUUGCCUCCCUUCCCUCCCUCACUCUCCUCCACAUUCACAAUUGCCCGCGCCUCUCCUCGCUCCCCUCCUCCCUCAGUUCCCUCUCCUCGUUGCAUGAGCUUAAGAUUGAGCAUUGGAGGAGUCUCCUGUCUCUCCCGCACUCACUCCCGCUCCUCCCCUCCCUUCACACACUCCAACUCUCCUCCUGCCUCUCACUCUCCUCCCUUCCUCCUGAAAUUUCCCUCUUAUCCUCCCUUCACACACUCUUUCUCUCAGACUGCUCCGCAGUAUCCCACCUGCCGUCUUCUCUACCUCUCCUCCCCUCCCUCCACACGCUCUCUCUCUCCUGCUCCAGCCUUAUGCAUCUUCCCUUGGAGUGUGGUUCUGAGCUGGGUGGCAGUCAGUCUGACCGUGAGGAAGGAGGAGCAGAAAAGGCACCACUAGCAGCAGCAGCAGCAGAAGAAGGAGCAGAAGCGGUGGUGGUGGUGGUUGCUGGGAAGGAGCAGGGGGGUGAGCCAAGUGGGGAUGUCACAAGUAAGGAUGCCACAAGUGGGGAUGUUACAAGUCAAGAUGGUGUCCAUACUGGUUUGCCUCGAGCUGUCCCCACUUCACCCGUCACCACAACAGGCGCCCUCCACACGACACCCAUCCCCACUUCACCACCCGGCAGUAAGGUCCUGCUGCGGUCGCUGCAGCACCUGGUUCUCUCCCACAGUCACCAUAUUUCCCAGCUGCCUCCCUCCCUCACACUCCUCCUCCACCUCUCCCACCUCACCCUAUUCUACCUCCCGCUUCUCUCCUCCCUCCCCACAGACAUACACCACCUGCCCUCCCUCCAGGAACUCAAGAUUGAUUCUUGCCAUGCCAUCUCCUCCCUCCCCCCGACGCUCCUCCUCCUCCCGUCCCUCACACACCUCGAACUGGACUGCCUCAAUUCUCUCAACUCCAUCCCUUCUCCCCCUGUCCGUCCACCCCCCUCCCUGUCUCCCACAUCCUCCACGCACUCUCGUUUCCCGAUUCGCUCCAUUGUUCUGCGUUCCCUGAGGCUGGUUUCGCUCCCCUCGUGCUUCCCACUCCUGCCCCAUCUUACGUCUCUCUACCUGUUCGGUAUGCAACAGCUGCGCUCAAUUCCUUACUCCUCCUACACUGAUGUUGGUUCUGGUGAUGAUGAUGAUAAUAGUGAUGUUGACGCAGCUGCUGAUGAUGAUGCUGAUUCUGCUGAUUCUGCCGAUGAUGAUUAUGCUGCUGCAGGAACAGAGCGACAGGGGGGGGAUAGUGGUGCAGAUGAGGAGGAAAGAGAGGGCUCUGAGGGUUGGGGGGGGAGUGGAGAGGACGAAGCAGAAGAGGAGGGAAGUGAGGGAAGCAGGGAAGAUGAGGAGGCUGGAGCCUCAGAACUGAGAGGGAGUGAUCCAAGUGAAGAACACAGGGGGUGCAUGGAGGAACGAGGACAGGCGGAAGUCUUGCCAGAGCGGGGGGCACAUACGGGCAGGGAGCAUGUAAGGGAAGCAGCACAGGGAAAGCAGCAGGGGGGAUUGAGGGAAGAAGGUGGUGAUGACGAUGCUGCUGCUAGGGGGGGCGGCAGUGAAGAAUCGCAGCAUGAGAGUUUGUGGCACGAUCUGUUGCAGUACGGGGAGCUCUUGGAAUGGCGGAGCUUGCAAAAACUGACUCUGGAUUUUUGUUGCAACCUGGUCUACUUACCUCCCUCGUUACAGUAUGCACCGCAGUUAAGGGAAGCGCAUGUUCGGAAUUGUAUACGUCUUGAAGGGGAACGCGGGAUAUGGUAG